CCUACAAACGCAUUUGCAGAUCUGCUUUGCAUUUCCUGACGGGCUUUUCCUUUUUGUAAUUGGGAACGUUUGGACAAUAAAAGGAUUGGGGGUGUAGUGUGGUUACUGCAGUUCCAAAAGGCACCCGCCUAUUCUCUUGGCCUUUCCAUGCCAAAGCCCCUUGACCGUCCGGGAGCAACUCUGGAAUUCGCUCUUCCACCACCCUGCAGCAUAACGACGACGGAUGAGCAUGCCUCCUCGCAGCUCACGUUACCGAGUGUCGUACAUCAUUAAGGAGGAUUAUGGCGAAAAACAACUGCACCGCGCUGGAAUUAACAGCCUCGUGUUAGACGAGACGACACCGACCGAACUAGAUGGUCAGGCAGGUGGAUUACUUUACACGGCGGGACGGGAUUCCAUCGUCAAUGUUUGGGAAUGCCACAUUGAUAAGAAACGAUAUGAUAAAGUGGUCAAAGAGCGGGAAAUAAAGUUGCGAAUGCAACAUCAUGUUCAUUCGCCGUAUCGCAAUGAUAGCUUACAAGUUCCCGGUUUGGGAGGUUCAAGAGAGUUGCAUAGGUCACGGUCCAAUACAGGACGAAAACCUCGAUCGCCUUUCCCACAUUCUUACUUAUCCCCGCAAAGACAGAGUCUCGAUAGUGCCUCCCCUACUCUCGUGAUUAAUGGACCCAACGGGUCGGGAGGGUUGCAACUGGUGCAGGAACCCGGGUCGAGUGACGAAGAUAUCCAUGAUCAUCAUGGACCCAUGCUGGACCACGAGGCUGGACAAUCAAUGGUGGAAUCACCUGGGUCUGCAAACUCUCCACUGGACACCCCUGCCGAGGGGAUGGUCUUUGGAUCUCCACCAGAAACAGGUCGGCCGCCUCUCCCCCCAAAUCACCUGCCAAAUGACCCAGGAUUCAAACGAGACGAAAUGGGAUUUUUGCGUAAAACGAGGAGUGUGACAUUUGGAGGAAAGUCGUCAUCUUCGUUGAUAAUGCAAGGUGGAGUUCCUGCCGUUCCAAAGAGCUUUUCCUCUAUGGAUAUUGAUCGGGUGUUGGCUGCUCGUGGCAAUGGGCACCAGCAACCCCCAGCGACCCUCCGACGCUCCUUUCAACACCAUAGUGACUGGGUCAAUGACAUUGCCCUCUGCAAUCAUAACCAACAUCUAAUCUCGGCGUCCAAUGAUCGCACCAUCUACGUAACAAGCACAAUCGCACCCUCCUCUCCCAUUAUGAUUGGACAUCAUUCCGACUAUGUAAAGUGCCUGGCGUAUUCAAAGCAUCGCGGUUGGGUUGCUUCGGGUGGACUCGAUCAUCGGAUAUUGUUGUGGGAUUUGGGAGAGGGGAGAGGACUCCAGGGGGGCCUGAGCGUGAGUGAUACCGCUGAAGUGGUAUUGAACGAGACGUCACCAAAGACAUCUGUGUACGCUCUUGCGUGUAAUCCUGCGGGGAAUGUCCUAGUGUCGGGGUCGCCUGACAAGAUUGUCAGAGUCUGGGAUUUUGCGCAAGGAAAGAAUGUGAUAAGAUUAGCGGGACAUACCGAGAACAUUCGAUCCGCGCUUGUCAGCGACGAUGGAAAAUGGGUCCUCUCCGCCUCUUCCGACGCCACUAUCAAACUUUGGUCCCUCGCCAUGCCCCACCGCCCUAUGGUGACCUACACUCAUUACGAAGACUCUGUUUACUGUCUCUACUCGUCUCAUCCCGACUUGGACACGUUUUGGGCAGGGGGAAGGGACGGAUGGGUCACUAAAUUGUCGAGGAGACGCAUGGUGGAGAGUAGUGCGCUUUCAUCGCGGAGUGUGGAUGAUGAGUUGGUGGAUUGUGUUGCGAUUUGUAAAGAGACAGGACCAGUCAAUAAGAUUGUGGCAAUCAAUGACAUGUACAUUUGGACAGCCACCGCCAGUUCUAGCGUUAAACGAUGGCGCGACGUGCCAUUCCAACACGUCCAACUCGCCAAGCCCGGCAUGGUCCACGAUACCACCGAUGAAACGGAUCCUGUCAUCAUUCCUUCGAACGCCAUUAUCCGUCCUCCCACAGCCCUUGACGACGCCGCUUCCAUGCGAAGUUAUCGCCCUUUCUCGACUUAUUCGGUGGAUACGUUUGCUACUGGUGGUGUCUCUCUCAUUCCCUUGCGCGGUGAAGACGAGGAGGAGCCACCCAUUGAACCCGCGUGGAAGGAGCCAGAUGGUAUCGUUCAAGGUGCACCGGGUAUAUCCAAAUGCACCAUUCUUAACAAUCGGCGACAUAUCAUUACAUUGGAUACGGAAGGGGAGGUGGCAAUGUGGGAUAUCAUCCAAUGCGUCAAACUAAAAAAUUUUGGAAAGUUGGACUUUGAGGAAGUAGUGAAGCGAACGAAUACCGUGGAGUGGGUUGCGAAUUGGUGUAGUGUUGAUACGCAUAAUGGGGUUUUGACCAUUCAUUUGGACGAAAGCAAGUGCUAUGAAGCCGAGGUAUAUCACGAUGAAUGUGGCGUAUCUGCCAAAGCGCCCAAUGAGGAGCAGAGGGUCAACCUAGGAAAAUGGGUCCUCACCUAUCUUUUUCGCAAUUUCAUUAAUGCAUGGUACUCGCCACGCCGGUCCUCGCUCGACGCUACUGGGGCAUCACCACCGCGUCCACCCGACAAUGAACGCCCCUCAACCAUUUCCAUGCCUUCCCAAACAUUUGAGGGUGACCUGCUGCGGGUGCAUAUGACGCCGUCCGUCGUGAGUCCUACCAUUAUGGAGGCCACGACAGGGUAUUUUGACGGGGAGCCGAUGCGGAAAUCUUUGGAUACAGUUGGAUCUGUCUCGGCCAGUCUGACAACGGAAUCUACGAAAAGCGUCCGCUCGGAACCCGUCCUGUCCAUCCCACCACCUCCUGAAUCUGUUCCCCAACCCGCCGCCUUUAGCUCCGCUAAUUCCCUCAGUUCCCUCUCCUCCAUCCCUAGCACCGAUUUGGCACCACCCAAAUCCGCUCCACCGGACAUGGAAGCCCUCCCACCGCCUAUCCCGCCUUCUCCCCCGUCACGCCCCAGCACGCCCCCCUCAAUUCCCCCAUCGCCGUCAGCAGGAGACCGUACACCAUCGUUUAUGGAUAAAUUCAAGUUGCACGUCCGGCGACGAACAAGUUCGAGCAAGAGCGAAGAGCUUGAGAAUGGGAAGAAAAAGUGGCUUGAUAGGACCGGCUCAAAGGGGAGUCGGAUGGGAUCUGCGAAGCGGGAGGACGAAGGAGAGAAUGGUGAUUCUCGGGAGCAGGACGAAAGACAGAACCGUGAGCCAUUACCAGCGCUGCCCCACCCUCCUCUCCGCAGCGAUUCUAUCACCUCACACAUAAAUACAACCGAAACUCCACCCCUACGCCUCCCUCCUGCACUCCCCGUUCUCAUAUCCAUUGAAGAAUCUUCCGAAGCUGCCACUUACCUCGAUAUUUACCGUGGUAUGGUCGGCGCGAUGGGCUGGGUCGAGGAACUCACUCGUGUCGAGAAAUCCCUACCACCCUGGGUAUUUGAGACCGUCGUCGAAGGCAAACCCCUCCCCAUCAAAGAAAGUUCAAAGCUCAGUUUUGGGUUAUCCCCGAUGGACAGUAUGGAAGAAUUACCAGGUGGAAACCCGCGUCUCUCUGCCAACCGCAUGCUCCGCAUUCGUAAAUUGUCAGCGUAUGUGAUUGAGAGGCUUGGACUGGAUGUACCGAGUGGAUUGAAGCCAGAAGAGUUUGUGCAAAUUUGGUGUGGAGACGAGUGUUUGCAGCCAGAUAUGACUCUUGCGACUGUUCGGCAUUGUGUUUGGAAGGGAGUUGGGGAGGUUGGGUUAAAGUAUCGAAUGAAAACAUAGAAUAGGGCAAGAUGUUUUGUUUUUGUUUUUUUUUGUUGUGAUUGAAAUUGAUUGAGUGUUCCGCUGUUUAAAGCUGCCAAUACAUGGAGAAUGGUGCAGUUGCGGAUGGAGAUUUUGGUGUAUUUUUAAGUAUAGAUGUAUGGAUUGGUUUGCAUAUUUUUGCUCGUCGUUAUACAAAUGAGUGGCAUUUGGGCCAACAGACCUACAUGCAAUGAUAGUGUUUUGUUUUCAUUUGCUUGCAUUGGGUUUGGCUUUUGUGAUGUGAAUCAAGUGCGUGCCGCUCAAUCGAGAACAAGCAUAGAGUAUCUCUUUUCUGAAUGAAAUGUUUGACGGAUGAUG